AUGUCCUCCAUUCGGACGAUUCUUGGUUUGAUUGCUAGUCUUGAUUUGGAGAUUGAGCGGAUGGAUGUGAAGACUGCUUUUCUUCAUGGCAAGAAUGCUUCCAGGAUUGACGAGUUGAAGAAACAGUUGAGUAAGUCUUUUGCAAUGAAAGACUUGGGUCAUGCUAAGCAGAUUUUGGGCAUGAGAAUUACUCGUUCAAGAGAUGAAAGAAAGCUUUAUUUGUCACAAGAAAGGUACAUAGAACGUGUACUAGAGCGCUUCAAUAUGAAGAAUGCUAAGUGGGUUAGCACACCUCUCCCUGGUCAUCGAAACGAGCAAAGAGAUGUGUCCUACAACAACGGAGGAAAAAGAGAGAAUGGCCAAGAUUCCUUAUUCCUCUGCCGUCGGAAGUUUGAUAUUUCUCGAAAAUCCAGGAAAAAAGCAUUGGGAAGCUGUGAAGUGGAUACUCAGUCAAAGUUGCAGAAGUGUGUCGCACUAUCUACAACGGAAGCGGAGUAUAUUGCGGCUACUGAAGCUGGCAAAGAAAUGAUAUGGCUCGAGAUUCCUUCAAGAACUUGGAUUGCGGCAAAUGGAGUAUAUUGUCUAUUGCGACGGUCGAGUGCAAUAGACUUGAGCAAGAAACUCGAUGUACCAUGCGAGAACAAAACACAUUGA